GGGGCGCUGGCGGCCUGGGACGGAGGACUAUGAAGCUUCCCAACAUCCUGCUCACCGGUACACCAGGGGUUGGAAAAACCACACUAGGCAAAGAACUUGCAUCAAGAUCAGGACUGAAGUACGUUAAUGUGGGCGAUUUAGCUCGAGAAGUCUGAUCACCGGAUAUCAUGGAGUCUGGCAAGAUGGCUUCUCCCAAGAGCAUGCCGAAAGAUGCACAGAUGAUGGCACAAAUCCUGAAGGAUAUGGGGAUUACAGAAUAUGAGCCGAGAGUUAUAAAUCAGAUGUUGGAGUUUGCCUUCCGAUAUGUGACCACAAUUCUAGAUGAUGCUAAAAUUUAUUCAAGCCAUGCUAAGAAAGCUACUGUUGAUGCAGAUGAUGUGCGAUUGGCAAUCCAGUGCCGUGCCGAUCAGUCUUUCACUUCUCCUCCCCCACGAGAUUUUUUAUUAGAUAUUGCAAGACAAAGAAAUCAAACCCCUUUGCCAUUGAUCAAGCCAUACUCAGGUCCUAGAUUGCCACCUGAUAGGUACUGUUUAACUGCUCCAAACUAUAGGCUUAAGUCUUUGCAGAAAAAGGCAUCUACUGCUGCCGGAAGAAUAACAGUUCCCCGGUUAAGUGUUGGUUCAGUUUCUAGCAGACCAAGUACUCCCACACUAGGCACACCAACUCCACAAACCAUGUCUGUCUCGACUAAAGUAGGCACUCCAGUGUCCCUCACAGGACAGAGGUUUACAGUACAGAUGCCUGCUUCUCAGUCCCCUGUUGUGAAAGCUUCAAUUCCCGCAGCAUCAGCAGUUCAGAAUGUUCUGAUUAAUCCAUCACUAAUGGGGUCGAAAAAUAUUCUCAUUACUACUAAUAUGGUAUCCCAAAAUACAGCCAAUGAGUCAGCAAAUGCGCUGAAAAGAAAACGUGAAGAAGAUGAUGAUGACGAUGAUGAUGAUGAUGAUGACUAUGACAAUUUGUAAUCCAGCCUGGAUGCAUGUAACAUGUAUACUUGGUCUUGAAUCCAUUGUACUGAAAUUAAACAAGCAUGUUAGAUGGUUUAAAGCUGUAUUUUAGAAAAUGGUAUUUAAGAAGUAUACAUACUAUGCUUUUCAGUUGAAAUGUUCAGUUUUAGUAGAACUAGUAAUGGUUUUUCAUCAACCUUUAUGCAUAAAAAUAAAAUUGUCAUUUAUCAA